GCAUGACUUCAACAAGCUCACCAAGGAGAUCGCCCGCCUCAAAAUCGCGAAGGAGGAUGCGACGGAGGCGAUCAAGGGAACGGAUGACCAUAAGAAGAAGAUGGCGGAGAAGGAUGAGGAGGUGAAGUUGGCCAAGACGGAGCUUGAUGCCAAGCUUAUGACCAUUGGGAACCUUGUUCAUGACUCCGUCCCUGUUAGCAACGAUGAGGCGAAUAAUUUGGUGGUACGAACGUGGGGUGAGCGUCGGUUGGAAGGGAAGCUGAGGAACCAUGUGGACCUGGUGGAUAUGCUCGGCAUUGCAGAUCUAAAGAAUGGUGCUACUGUGGCUGGAGGAAGAGGGUUUUAUUUGAAAGAUGAGGGUGUCCUCUUAAAUAUUGCACUAUAUAACUAUGGACUUGCAUUUUUGAGGAAGAGGAACUACAACCUACUACACACACCCUUUUUCAUGAGAAAGGAAGUCAUGGCAAAAUGCGCUCAGCUAGCUCAAUUUGACGAAGAACUCUAUAAGGUAAUAGGCGAUGGAGAUGACAAAUAUCUAAUUGCUACUUCUGAACAGCCGUUGUGUGCUUAUCAUCUGGAAGAUCGGAUUUAUCCUACAAGCUUACCCAUAAGAUAUGCUGGAUUCUCUACUUGUUUCCGGAAAGAGGCUGGGUCCCAUGGUCGGGAUACACUUGGCAUUUUUAGAGUUCACCAAUUUGAGAAAGUGGAACAAUUUUGCAUCACCAGCCCAAACGGUAAUGACUCUUGGGAGAUGCACGAGGAAAUGCUCAAGAAUUCUGAAGAUUUCUAUCAAGAGCUGAAACUUCCUUAUCAAAUUGUAUCCAUUGUUUCGGGUGCCUUGAAUGAUGCUGCAGCCAAGAAGUAUGAUUUAGAGGCAUGGUUUCCUGCAUCGAAAACUUACAGGGAGUUGGUCUCUUGUUCAAAUUGCACAGAUUACCAAGCUAGAAGACUGGGAAUUGGAUACGGCCAGAAAAAGAAUGAUGAACAAGCAAAGCAGUUUGUCCACCUUCUUAAUUCUACUCUAACGGCUACAGAGAGGACCAUCUGUUGUAUACUUGAGAACUACCAGCGAGAAGAUGGAGUAGAGAUUCCAGAAGUACUACGCCCUUUCAUGUGUGGUAUUGAUUUUCUCCCAUUCAAGUCAGCUGCUGGAGGCAAGAAGAAAUGAUUACAACAACCACGUUCCUCCAUUCUACCUUUCUAUACAUACCCGUGCAACUGAAAAGAGGGCAUGUUUUGGCUACAAAACUUCACAGAUUUCUGGCAAUUUGCGGUUUUCUUCAAUUGGGGAGCCAUCAACCUGCAGGUUGGCAUUAGCUUUAUUGACUUCUUAUCCAAGAGGAAUUUCCUGUUUUGAUAGUAAAGAAUGCUUGGCUGAUUUGAUUCGGUGUUAUUUGCAAUGAGUUUAUGUGAGGUUGACUGAUCUUUGCACUCGUCUGUUAAUUGCAUACUUUUGUCAAGUGCUGGUAUCAUUUAACUUGGGUGUUAAGUCUGUAGUGUUAAUGUUUUUAACUUAUUACCCCUCUAGUUUCACCACUGAGUGAAUUUUUUUUACUCUUUUA